UGUGAAAGGAGCAAGGGAUGGAAUAGUCUCUUCUUUACCAGUUCUGAUGGGAUUGGACUUUGUUCUUAUCUGGCACGAAAGCUGAGUGAAUAUGUUACCCGGUCCACCGGUUUAUAAGUCAUCCCCUUAAACCUCACCAGGGAGGAAAGAGGGGGGAGGAAGAAAAGGGAUGACUGAGAAAGAAGGCAAGAAAGAAGCAACAGGAGAACAAAGAACCAAAAGACGCAAAGACUUAAAGUGGAACUCUGUGGAUUUCUAACAUUACUCCAACAUAUUCAUCAGAUUAAUAGUGGUGCCGUCCAGCAGCUGCAGGGAUGUGGAUGGAUACCAAACCAGAGGCUGAGGAGGCCAGCAGGAGCCGUGCCAGCCUCAGUCGGCGUGUGUUGAACAGUCUGCUGUUGUGUACCGGGGACAUGGAGCACUUGGAUAAGUACAUGCAGGACAAGUUGUUUGUGCUGCAGCUGGCGGUGUGGGGCUUAAGAGGGGUGGCCAGGGUCAUUCUAGCAAACAACCCGCUGAGUGGUGCUCUCGUCUUGGCUGCACUGUACUGGGCCUCUCCCUGGCAGGGCCUGCUGGGAACUCUGGGUGUACUGGCCUCUACGCUAACAGCUAUCAUCAUAGGGCAAGACAGUGCUGAGGUGUCGGCGGGUCUCCAUGGUUUUAAUGGCAUGUUGGUGUCUCUGCUGAUGGGAGUCUUCAGCUCUGCUGGAGACUGGUACUGGUGGCUGCUACUGCCUGUGUGCUUGGGGUCAGCUACAUGUGUCUUUCUGUUCAGUGGGCUCUCCUCAGUGUUGGACCGCUGGGACUUGCCUGUUGCUGUGUUUCCCUUCAACAUCAUCAUUGUUCUCUACCUUCUUUGUACUGGCCCAGACAACCCGUAUUUCCCGCACCACCCAGCUACACCGGCGGGGGCGCUGGAACCUAAUAGCACCGAGCUCAUUGCAGUAGAGGUGAUGCAUGGCAUCCUGCUUGGUGUGGGUCAGAUCUUUGCCUGUGGAGCCCUGGGGCCCUCCCUUCUCAUCCUGGGAGCUGUUCUGCUCUACUCCCCCCUGCUGGCCAUCCAUGCUCUGCUGGGAUCGGCAGUUGGAACAUUGGCUGGUUUAUCCAUGGCAGUGCGUCAUGGUUCUCUGUACUCGGGUUUGUCAGGGUUUAAUGGAGCUCUGGGCUGCAUGGCUGUUGGAGGACUCUUCUUCACCUUCAGCUGGAGGACCCACCUCUUUGCCAUCGCCAGCGCCUUCCUCUCUGCAUAUGCUGACAUUGCUCUGAGCAAUCUGCUGGGUACUGUUGGUCUCCCAGCAUGCAGUUGGGCAGCUACUCUGACAGCCACGCUGAUGUUGCUGCUCACCGGCAGUCUAUCAGCGUACCGCAUCCCUAUUGGUCAGGUCAUGGCCCCUGAACGCAACAUGCACUCCCGCAGCCAAUGGGAAGCUGGGAACACCGUAGAAAGGGAGAGCACUGAUGUGUAACACUAAGAAGUUCACACACUGAGUACUGUAUCAGUACUUUGAACUUUUGAGUUGGAUAACACUGAUACAUGUUUGAUAUAAACAUGUUAUAAAUUAGGGCUGCAGGAUAUGGUAAAAACAUUGGUUAUUUUGACAGAUGUUGCGAUUCACAACUAUGUGGGAAUUUUUGCAUCACACAUUGAAUUUUUAUUUUGAAAAAACUAUUAGAAUCCUGAUAAUGUGACAUUUUUGGGGGUCUGUUUUCUUCUUUCUUAAUUCUGGAGAACUAGAUCUGUAGAGCAGGGCAGCACUGCAGGACUUCAUUAAAAUGCUGUUUUGUCACACAUUCUACCUUUUAUCAAAAGAUUACAGCUCUUACUAUUUGCAUAUUGCACUUGGCCGUAUUGGUAUUUCCAUCAUUUUCACUUAAUUGUGCAGCCCUAUUGUAGAUCUUUAGAUAUACACUCGCAUUCCACAGUAUGUCCACAAGGUGGCAAUGUAUAUUCAGCAAUAACAUGUUGAAAAUGUCACAGUCUGUAUACCAACCAUUUCUAUUAAAUAGAUAAAAUUUUCAUCCAA